AGUCCUCUGACGUCGAAGCUUCUUCUCUGUUUCUUGCUUACAUUUCCUUUCAGACUUUAACAAAAUUUCAUCUUUGAAAAAAAAACACUUUGUUUUUUCAUCGCAUUUCUCAUUUCAUCACCAAAACCUAACUCUCUCUGAAUUCAGUUCGACAGGCGAUUGCUUCUUAGUACCAACUGCAAUGCGUGCACCGGCAAUACUUUCACAAUGCUUGCCUGGCCUAGUGCCUCGCGAUCAUGGAAGUCUCAGUAUAUCGUCCGUUCCCGAGAAAGCUAUUCAUCUCGCAUCACCAGCAGUGGAGAUUCUUCCUUCAAAGGCGUUUCACACUGACAAGGAAGCUGGGGAAAAUAGUGACCAUUUUAAGGGAAUAGUAAGUGUUGCUGAUAUCAUCGGGUUCGGUGGUUCAGAGACAAUAUCCUCAAGACUGGAUGGCUAUCCGAAAUCCUGGUCCAGUUCCAUCGAUCUUGUCAGUGUUCUCAAGAAUGAGAUUCGUGACGGGCAAUUGACCUUCAGAGGAAAAAGAGUUCUUGAGCUCAGUUGCAACUAUGGACUUCCUGGAAUCUUUGCUUGCUUGAAGGGAGCUUCCAUUGUGCAUUUUCAAGAUCAGAAUGCUGAAACUGUAAGAUGCACAACUGUACCGAAUGUCCUUGGUAAUCUCAAGCAAGCUCGUGAUAGGCAGAGUCGACAGCCAGAGUCUCCCCUUACUCCUUCAAGGCAGACUCUUGCACCAUCUGUUAACUUUUAUGCUGGGGACUGGGAAGAAUUACCUGCCGUGUUGUCUACUGUGAAAAAUGAUGGAUAUGAAGCGACACCUGGAAUGAGUUUGAGCUUCUCUGAGGAAGACUUUUUGGAUGUAGGCAGUAGUCAAGAUGGUAGCAUCAUUGGACACGAAUCUAGUUCAAGAAGGUCUAGGAAACUCUCAGGAAGUCGAGCAUGGGAAAGAGCUAAUGAGGCAGAUCAGGGGGAUGGUGGCUAUGAUGUUAUUUUAAUGACUGAGAUUCCAUACUCUGUUAACUCUUUGAAGAAGCUGUAUGCUCUCAUUAAGAAGUGUAUAAGGCCUCCAUAUGGAGUGGUAUAUCUUGCUCCAACUAAGAAGCACUAUGUUGGCUUUAGCAAUGGAGUACGACAGCUGAGAAAUGUGUUAGAUGAGGAGGGCAUUUUUGGAGUGCAUUUGGUUAAGGAUUUGGCUGACAGAGAUAUCUGGAAGUUGUUUCACAAGUGAACAGGAAUUCAAAGAUCAGAUGGAUUAUUAUAGCAAACUUCAGUGAAAAAAAAAUCUAGACAACAUUCAUACUCUGAAUCAUUCUUUUGUUUUUUGAAUUAAUAAUUUCUCCAUUUUUCUUAUAGCUUUAGUAAAUAACGGAGGUCUGAAUUUGUAGAAUUAGUUGGACAUGCAUCAUGUUCAGUGCAAAUCAAUCUCAUUGGAUUGUUUUGCACACUCAUAUGGUUGGAUAAGAAACUCGCAUAUUGGAAUUGUAAAUCAAAAUGGUAUAUUGAAAAUUGAAACUAUCCUUUUUGUUGGAUUAUA